AUGCCAGCAGAAAAACGGGCUUUAGUACCAGCCGCAAGCGAACCGAGUAAGAAGCGUGCGCCGUACAUACCACGGGCUUGCGAGACAUGCCGCAGACGCAAGGUUCGGUGUGAUGGCCGCAAACCGUGCGAAUAUUGCAUUGGGCGUUCCUUUGAGUGCCAGUAUACGCCAAAUAUUGAAGACUCGCGGAACCCUUCCCAAGGCUUGUCGAUUAAUGUGCAGAACAACGCCAAAGGAGCUGGUUGGGCGCAAAGUUCGGAACCUCAGCUGAAUGGGCUCGAUGAGAUUGUGGCAACAAUGCAGGGGCAACUGAAUGCCUUAUUGGCACAUGUGAAAAUGUCUGAUGAGAGGACAACCCAAAAUAUCCAUGACACAGCAUCCAAUGUGGACGGCCAGAGGCGCCCAUUGGAGACCAAGCCGAAUUCAGGUGAAGCGGUCGCCCUUCAUUUUGUUGAACCAGCCAAAAGGACAUCACCUAGUCUUCCCCGGCGUCCAACGAACUCGUUUUGUGGUCCCACAAGUCCAGAAUAUAGUCUCAACGCCGCACAAAGAAGGAUGCAAUCCGACCGCGCGUCUGGUCCUGGAUCGGCAUCUGCGAUUUCACCCAGUGUUGAUACCGACCACUCAGACGAUGGGAACGAUCAGCCAUACAGCCCAGAAACUGACUAUGCCUUACCUUUCCAUCAACCUAACAAGCAGGUCCUGCAUUCAAACUUACUCGAAUUCCGCAACUCCUUUCCCAAGGAUGAAGCGGUUCGAGUGCUUCUUAUCUAUCACAGCAUGAUGGGGGAAUUGCACCCCAUAUGUGAUAUUAAACGUAUGGUGCAGCAAGUUGACGCAUGCUACACGCGACCCAUCUCAGAAUUAGGAUUGCCUGGUCCUCAAGGACCUGGAAUAACUGAGAACGAUCUAUUGAUCAUCAAUCUGGCUUUGACAAUUGCCCUAUGCACAGAAACAGGUCCCUUAUCAGAAACAGGUCGGUCCAUAUACGAGAGCUGCCGUGAGAUUAUCCAGACCAGACUUGCGAGUCUCACAACCGACAUAAAACACGUGUAUGUUGUGUUUCUAGUGAGUCUUCGACACUUCUUCAUGGGCAGAAUUCGUCUCGCCUGGCGAACUUGUGGCCAGGCCGGGCGCAUGGCAAUGGAGUUAGGGCUUCACAGUCGGGAAAUGUCCCAGCAGUGUCUGGAAAACGACGAACAACGGGCUGCAGUCGUGGAUCUAUCCUGCAGCUUAGUCGUCCUAGAUCGACAGCUGAGUGCUUCAGCUGGUCUUCCUAAUACUUUUCAAAACACGGACUUUGACCUAGCCAUAGGCUCUUCGGCCAAGACCCCGUAUUUAAAGCACAUGAUGGAUUUCACACUUAUGAGCCAUAAGUUCAACGAGCCAAUAUCCAGAGUUGCUACUGGAGGUUGCUACACGGAUGAUGACUCCUUUGAGGUCACUAAUUUUCUCCUCGAACAGUGGAGGAAGAGAGCAACCGAAAACUGGGACUUCACUCGUCUAUCGGAUUGGGAGACUCAACCUUCCAAAAUCCCCCCUGCCUGGGUUGUGAUACUCUAUCUGCGCGCCAAUGCGGUGCGAGGUAUCCUCCUUCGACCGUUCUUUCUCUCCGAUCCGGCGAAUCCUGCAAGUAAGAGACAGAUCAAACCGGCUCUUGACAUCAUAACGGAUUCUAUCAAUGUUCUUACCGUUUUGGACAAAACAACCAACGUCUACAGGAUUCAGCAUCCAUCUCUCCAACAUAUCUUGGCAGGCUCAUGCGCUUUGCUUUUCCUGGUCCUUUCAUAUAUUGCACAAAACCAUGCGUCUCCACCCAUGGAUCUUCCCAUCGACUUUUCUAGUACGGUGAACCGAAAUUUCUGGAUGGCGCUCGAUCUUUCAAGGUCCUACAACGAUGCAUCACUCACUUCGCGCAAACUUUUCCGACGCUUAAAUGCGAUCAAGGACACCCUGCUACGUGCAGGUUACCUCUCCCCGCACUACAAUCUUAGUCACUUCCCUCAAUCAGCACCCACUUCAAGUUCCUCUGAAAUACCAACAAGGGGCCAGCUCAGAAUCACACAGGAUCCGCAAUUGGGCAAACAGCAGGUUCCAAGUCUCAAUGAAAGUGCGGAGAGUAUGCCAGUCACCGAGCUGACGUUCUUCCCCGGCGCUACGAAUCCGAUGCUAGGCCCCAAUCCCUUCCUCUUCGAUUUCAAUAUGAAUUUGGAGUAUUUUGACUGGCUGGACCACGAGUGGCCAUCGGACGAUCUAACAAACUCUCUUCCUGGAAACACUUUUGGGUCGUUUUGA